UGAUAAAGCAGUCGAUAAAGCCUUUGGAAAGCAGCCUGUGGAAGGCAUCAAUAUUGCAGCAAUCACCAGCGUUUAAUCUGCCACAUGACCUUCAGAGUCCCUUUAAUCAAUCAUAUCUAGCUGCUUGUCUUAAAAAAUGGACAAAGGAAAGGAGACCAAGAUGAAAAUGAUGGAAGCAGACAAGCAGGAAAAAUACACCCUCUUGAACAAUGACUCUGAUUUGGAAGAGUUUGAUAAAAGUAAAGUGUCGCUGAUGCAACAUCCCCAGAAUGGGAAACCACACUCUAGAUGCCAAAAUUCCAGAAGGCCUCUGUGGUUCUGCCAUACCUUUUUCCUCUUGCUGAUACUAACUUCACAAAUGAUUUUAAGUUUCUUUGUUCUGAAAUUUCAUCGUGAACUGGAGAUCUUAAAGCAAAGAGAAGCUGUAGUCUUAAAGCCUGUCUCUCUGAAGAGUAUUACCAGUGAGCAGAAGGAUGCAGAAAUAAAUAACAGCAGGGAAGAACAGACGGAAUUCAAAUUCAAAGACUCAAGCCAGCAGAGCAUUCCUUCCAAAGACAAGAUGGUUUCCAAGAAGUCUAGAAAACAGUCUGUAUUGACUGAGAAGAACACAACUGGCUACUUUCCAGAAAAAAUCCAGGAGAUUUCCCACCUACUUGAGUGUGUUUACAAACUUAAUGAGUCCACUGCUUUGGAGUUUCAAGAAGUGAAGGACAGAAUAACUCAGCUGCAAAACCACCUGCUUAAUUUAACAGACCGCUUUUUUUCCACGGAGAUUGCCAUGGAUUCUCUCAUUCGUUCUGUCAGUGCCCAGAAUCCUGUUGAUUUGAAAAUGAGCGCGAUGGAGAAACACUUUGAUGACACCACCCAGGCACUGAAUAACCUUGAAAACCGCCUCGAGCAGGGCCUAGACACAGCCUUUCUGCAGAUCUCCCAACUUAAAGAUGACUUCUACCUGAUUGAACACUCCCUGAACCACACCAGUCCGCAACACGUAACUCCUUCAGCUCUACCAGCAGAACCUACGGAGGAUCCAGAAAUGAUGCUGUCUCAGCCAGGCCUCCCAUCUUCAACCACCAACCCAACAAAUGAAGCUCAUGAGCAGGACGUAACUGCAAAAACCUCCACAGCAGCAGCAGUGGAGCCAGAGACAUCGGACAAGAUGCCCAAAAUCAACAUAUCUUUCAUCAAGAACCUUUCAGGUAAGGGUCUCUUGGAUGCUAUUGUUAACAAUACAGGAUGA